AUGGCCACCUCCACAGGUUACCAUCACCCAUUUACAUCUGGUGACUUGACGACAGUCAAUAACCGCGAUAUUGACAGCGACUGCUACGUUGAGGAAGACGUGCUCCGGACCACGUUUGCUCUCUCCAUGUCAGCAAUGUACACAGCAGAGGUUCCCUUGUAUGGCGACCUUGUUCAGAUCGUACGAAACAUCAACCAAAGUAAAUUACCCUCCGCCACUGAAACCGAGCGCCUCAGUCUUGAGCGACACGGAGCCAUCCGGUUGGGAACGAACCAAGAACUCCAGACAGUCCAUCGCAUUUUCAAUCUUGUAGGCAUGCAUCCCGUGGGAUAUUAUGAUCUUUCUGUGGCUGGGCUGCCCAUGCAUGCAACAUGCUUUCGCCCUGUCGAUGGUUUAUCUCUCCAGAAAAACCCAUUUCGGGUCUUCACCACGUUGCUACGACCAGAUUUGCUGCGAUCCGAUGACGCAAAGAGUGUGGCGCUAUCUCUACUCAGACAUCGUCGCAUCUUCAGUGACGAAUUAAUGCGUCUGCUAGAUGUUGCUGAGAGCCAGGGAAACCGGUUGACGAAAUCCCAAGCAGAAACAUACAUCAUCCAAGUCCUCCGAUCCUUCAGCUGGCAUUCCACCGCAGCUGCGAACUACGAGCAAUAUCAGCUUCUGAAAUCAGAACACCCAAUUUUAGCAGACAUUGCCUGCUUCCGUAGCGCUCACAUUAAUCACCUGACUCCACGAACAUUAGAUAUCACUGAGGCUCAGUCUGCCAUGCUUCAGGCUAAAAUGGCCGUGAAAAGUCGUAUCGAAGGUCCUCCGCGGAGAAAAUGCCCUAUCCUCUUGCGUCAAACCAGCUUUCUAGCGCUGGAAGAGAAGAUACAUUUCCCUUCCUCAUCCUCUUUCUACGACGCUACUCUUUUGAGGGACCCUAACGAUGCUACUCCCUUAAUAGAAGGCUCACACAAAGCCAGAUUUGGUGAAAUUGAAGAACGCGGUGCUGCUGUCACGCCAAAGGGGCGCCAAUUGUAUGAUCGACUGCUCGAAUUAGUGAUGCAAAAGGCACGGUCAUCAGAUACAGCUGCAACAGUCGAUCCCCACACAAUCGAUAAGAUCAUGGAAGAUUGUUUUCAGGUAUAUCCCGACGACUGGGAUGAGCUACGGAAACAAGGACUCGUUUACUAUGAAUAUCGAAUAAAUAUGAGUCAAAACACGAUGAUGAGGAGGAAUGCACAAGCUACUUUUACCUCUAACUCCUUCGAUUGUCGAUCCACCUCACUGGAGAGCCUGAUAUGCGAAGGUAUAAUAGAGGCAGUCCCAAUCACUUAUGAGGAUUUCCUACCGUUUUCAGCUGCCGGUAUCUUUCAGUCCAACCUAGGAAGCAAUAAAAAUGACAAAUCGGCAACUGAGAGAAACGAAUUGAACGCUUGCCCUGACCUUGAAGGGUUUGAACGAGCUUUAGGUACCCAAGUACUGGAUCCAGAUGUGUUAUAUGCGGGGAUGCAAAAACGAAGUCUGGAAAGAUGUGCUACAGUUUUAGGAAUACGUAUUUGA